AUGUUUGGAUUUCAUAAGUCGAAGAUAUACCGCAGUAAUGAGGGGUGUUGCAUUUGCAAAACAAAAUCCUCCAGUUCACGGUUCACUGACAGUAGUAGAUACGAGGAAAACUUCAGACUCUGUUUUGGUUUAUUAGAAGAUCGAGUUGGAGACAUCUGCAAUGCAUGUGUCCUGUUGGUGAAAAGAUGGAAAAAACUUCCACUGGGAUCAAAAAAGAACUGGAGCCAUGUUGUGGAUGCAAGAGCAGGGCCUGGCCUUAAGUUGACCAAGCCCAAGAAAAUAAAAAGCUGUGAUGGAAAGAAAAAAAGCAAACUGAAAAGGCUUCACAAAUUCAAACGACAAAACUCAGAUGCACACAGCACUACAUCCAGUAUGUCUCCCUCCCAAUCUCCAAGUCACAGUAAUCAAUCUGACGAGGGCUCAGACAUUGAAACUAAGCAGAGGCGUCCCACUCCCCCUGGCUUUUCUUUUCUUGAUUUAUCCUACUGGAAGAGACAGAAGGUGUGCUGUGGGAUUGUUUACAAAGGCCGUUUUGGUGAGGUGAUUAUCGACCCUCGUCUUUUCAAGCCCUGCUGCAGCACCAAAGAGAGGCCAACACUGACCCCUAAAUCAGGCACUCAGAUCUCCAAAACACACUCUUCUCAACUUACACAGGACCUAAAACAAACAUGA